AUGGACACCAAGCGCUGUUUCGCCAACCGCUUCGAUGACUACCAGGGCAGCCUGCUGGCUGGCCAGUGCGAGGAGGCGGUGGCGCCCUUGGUCACCUCCACCAUCGAACGCAUCCUCCAGGAGCUGCCCCCGCUCGGGGGCGGCGCUGAGGCUCGAGGGGCGACAGCGGCGGGCAGCAGCUGCCAGGGGGGUCUGUACAGUGGCGUGGCCGGGGUGGCCUACAUGCUCUACCACGUCUCACAGAGCCCGCUUUUCGCCGGGUCCCGCGAGCGCUACCUGCGCUCCGCCAAGCGCCUCAUCGACGCGUGUUCCCGCUCCGAAGAGUGGGGCGAGCCGGACGCCGACACCCGCGCCGCCUUCCUGCUCGGGGGCGCGGGCGUGCACGCGGUGGCCACGCUCGUGUACCACGCCCUGGGCCGUUCCGACUACGUGCAGCCCCUCGGCAAGUUUCGGGCUCUGUGUGCCGUCUGCGCACCCGUCUCCUUCCUGGAGUGCGGCUCCGACGAGCUGUUCGUGGGCCGCGCCGGCUACCUGUGCGCCGCGCUGGUACUAAAGCAGAAACUCGCCCAGGAGGUAUUGACCCCAGCACAAAUUAAAUCAAUAUGCCAGGCAAUUUUGGACUCUGGGAAGCAGUACGCCCUGAAGAAGAGAAAGCCAUUCCCCCUGAUGUAUUCUUACUAUGGAACUGAAUACUUGGGGGCAGCUCAUGGCCUGUCAUCCAUUCUGCAGAUGCUUCUUUCUUACCACGAGCAUCUCAAGCCUUCAGAUCGGGAGCUGGUGUGGCAGAGUGUGGACUUCCUCAUGGAACAGGAACAGAAUUGCAACUGGCCACCUGAGCUGGGAGAAACGAUUGAGAGAGAGAAUGAACUGGUCCACUGGUGCCACGGUGCUCCAGGAAUUGCUUAUCUGUUUGCCAAAGCUUAUCUUGUUUCCAAGAAACCACAGUACCUGGACACAUGCAUACGGUGUGGGGAGCUAACGUGGGAGAAAGGCCUACUGAAGAAGGGGCCAGGGAUUUGCCAUGGGGUAGCCGGUAGUGCCUAUGUCUUCCUUCUGCUGUACCGUCUUACAGGAAACUCCAAAUACAUCUACCGUGCACAAAGGUCAGCUGUUUGCACACAAUUCUUGUUCACUGAAGAAUUCAAAGCUGGCUCACGGGUCCUGAGAAAGCAUAUAUAG